UCUCUCGAAAUUAGGGUUCUUUCUAUCAAUCUAUCUUCUGCGCUUUCACUCUUAUCGCCGCUAAAGCUCUAACCCGUCCGCAGAGCCUCUCUAACAGGAUGGAUUCUCAGAUCAAGCACGCUGUUGUAGUGAAAGUGAUGGGAAGGACUGGAUCAAGGGGUCAAGUGACUCAGGUUAGAGUGAAGUUCACUGACUCAGACCGUUACAUCAUGAGGAACGUGAAAGGACCAGUCAGAGAGGGAGAUAUUCUCACCCUGCUCGAGUCCGAGAGAGAAGCCAGAAGACUCCGUUGAUUCUUUUGCUCUUGCCAAAUGUUUUUUUGGUUGCUUUAAAGAAGAAACAAAGAUGUUAUUGUUUUGGUAGUUGAUGAAUUCUAUAUUUUUAUUUUCUCUAUGUAAACCUUAAAUCAUCAAAGACUGAUGCAUUCUACUCUGUUUCAGUUAGAUAUUUUGAUUGAGUAAUGAAGAAGUAAAACAUUGGAUGGCUCAA